GGAAGAAGAUUUUCCCCCCAUCUCUGCGGCUCGUAACGGUUUUGCUUGUGCUUGUGCUUGUGCUUGUGCUUGUGCUUUUGCUUUUGCUUGUGCUUUUGCGUUCACGAAACAAGGUCGACGACUCCUCGAACACAAGCGGCAACACCAACAAAGUGGAGACAAAAAAAACAUCUACAAUGACCAAUCAACGACAGAUUCUGAAGAUCGUCCUUUGCUCUUUGCUGGCAGCCAGCACGGUGGCGAUGAAAGACCCCGCCACCGGCAUUAGUUUCGACAGCGAGUCCAGAGCGCGUCCCAUCUUCGGUGUCGGAGCCAGAAAGAAGGGCCCCAUUAAGGUUUACUCCGUUGGAAUGUAUGGUUCGGAAGAUCUGAAAGAAGAGCUGUCCUCGAUUUCUAGAUCAGAAUCCAAGGGCAAAAAGGCCGUCGACGCCCUCAGGAAGGGAGCAUCGAACAGUUCGACCGCAUUUGUUUUAAAAAUGAAUUUCAAGGUUGGCUCGGAAAAAAUGGCCCAGGCCAUCGCCGAUAGUGUUAAACCGCGCCAUUCCUCGGACGAAGAAGUAGGGCAACUCAAGGACAUUAUCUUCGAGGGUGUACAAGGCAAGGGUGCCGCCGUGAAAGGGACCGUGAUCGAAUUCGACUGUUCCGAUACCGAUGGUGUAGAGGUAACGGUAGAUGGAAAGGGAUGCGGAAAAGUUUCUAGUCCCGGACUAGCCAAGGCCUUGUGUGAUGUUUACCUCGACGACAAGGCUGUCAGCCCUAAAUUGAAGGAAUCUAUUCUCGAGAACUGUUGCGCAGAAUAGGUAUGUUCGGUUGUUUUCGCCUGGUGUUCACUUCCAGAACUGUUUGAAAUUGCGGAACGAACGAAGGAUGGACAAUUACUUAUUAACAACUACGAGUACCCCAAGAACUUUUAAAGUGCACGAAACUCAAAGCUGCUGAGCGAUAAAUUAAGCGAUAAAUCAACAGAGAUUAUAUCA